CCCGCAGCCGUCCUUCCAGCCCGUGCCGCGGCGCCUCGGGAAGUUUAUUCCGCCCGCCCUCCUCCCCUUCCUCCUCCUCCUCCUCCUCCUCCUCCUCCUCUACACUCCGCCUCCCCUCCCUCCCCCGGCUCUUUCCCCGGGGUGGCUGCCGCUGCCGCCGCCGCCGCCGCCGCCAGCCUGCUGCUCCUUCCUCGGCCAUCCACGCCGGCCGGGGAGCUGGAAAGCCCCUGGCCCCACGCAGCGCUCCGCUGCGGCCGCUGCUCGGGGCCGGCUGCCCGCCCUCGGCCCCGCAGAGUUCCGGGCUCCCUCGCCGGCUGCACCGCCCCGCCCCGCCCCGCGCCGACCUGCAGCGCCCGGCUGGCUCGCACUCCGCCUCCCUGGGCUCAGCCCCCGGCCGCCGCGGGACCAGAGUUGUACAAUGGUAGAUGGAGUGAUGAUUCUUCCUGUGUUAAUGAUGAUUACUUUCCCUUCCCCUAGUAUGGAAGAUGAGAAGCCCAAGGCGAACCCCAAGCUUUACAUGUGUGUGUGUGAAGGCCUCUCCUGUGGCAACGAGGACCACUGCGAAGGCCAGCAGUGCUUUUCCUCCCUGAGCAUAAAUGAUGGCUUUCAUGUGUACCAGAAGGGCUGCUUCCAGGUCUACGAGCAAGGGAAGAUGACCUGUAAGACACCGCCAUCACCUGGCCAAGCCGUAGAGUGCUGCCAAGGAGACUGGUGUAAUCGGAACAUCACGGCCCAGCUGCCCACUAAAGAGAAAUCCUUUCCUGGCACCCAGAAUUUCCACUUGGAGGUUGGCCUCAUUAUUCUGUCUGUCGUCUUCGCUGUAUGCCUUCUAGCCUGUCUACUGGGUGUUGCUCUCCGAAAAUUCAAAAGGCGAAACCAAGAACGCCUCAACCCCAGAGAUGUGGAGUACGGGACCAUUGAAGGACUCAUCACCACCAAUGUUGGAGACAGCACUUUAGCAGAUUUAUUGGAUCAUUCAUGUACAUCAGGAAGUGGCUCCGGUCUUCCUUUUCUGGUACAAAGAACGGUGGCUCGUCAAAUUACCCUGUUGGAGUGUGUCGGGAAAGGCCGGUAUGGCGAAGUGUGGAGGGGCAGCUGGCAAGGAGAGAAUGUGGCUGUGAAGAUCUUCUCAUCCCGGGAUGAGAAGUCAUGGUUCAGGGAAACAGAACUGUACAACACUGUGAUGCUGAGGCAUGAAAACAUUUUAGGUUUCAUUGCUUCAGACAUGACGUCAAGACACUCCAGUACCCAGUUGUGGUUAAUCACACAUUAUCAUGAAAUGGGAUCUUUGUAUGACUACCUGCAGCUCACAACUCUGGAUACAGUUAGCUGCCUUCGAAUAGUGCUCUCCAUAGCGAGUGGUCUUGCACAUUUGCACAUCGAGAUAUUUGGGACCCAAGGGAAACCAGCCAUUGCUCAUCGUGAUUUAAAGAGCAAAAACAUUCUAGUUAAGAAGAAUGGACAGUGUUGCAUAGCAGAUUUAGGCCUAGCAGUUAUGCAUUCCCAGAGCACCAAUCAGCUUGAUGUGGGGAACAACCCUCGUGUGGGCACCAAACGUUACAUGGCCCCCGAAGUUCUAGAUGAAACCAUUCAGGUGGAUUGUUUUGAUUCUUACAAGAGAGUCGAUAUAUGGGCCUUCGGACUUGUUUUGUGGGAAGUGGCCAGGCGGAUGGUGAGCAAUGGUAUUGUGGAAGACUACAAGCCACCAUUUUAUGACGUGGUUCCUAAUGACCCAAGUUUUGAAGAUAUGAGGAAGGUGGUUUGUGUGGAUCAACAGAGGCCAAAUAUACCCAACAGAUGGUUCUCAGACCCUACAUUAACCUCUCUGGCCAAGCUGAUGAAAGAAUGCUGGUAUCAGAACCCCUCCGCAAGACUCACAGCUCUUCGUAUCAAAAAGACUUUGACCAAAAUUGAUAAUUCCCUAGACAAAUUGAAAGCUGACUGUUGACCUUUUUAUCUUGUGAAGAAGGAAGAAUUGAUGUUGUCCAGCUGGGACCUAAUGCUGGCCUGACUGGCUUGUCAGAACAGAAUCCAUUUGUCUCCCUCCCUAAAUGGCUGCUUGGACCUGGCAGACAUCUACCCAGCCACGAGUUGGGGAGACACCAAAACCACCCUAACCUCGCUCAAUGACUGUGAACUGGGCAUUUCACAACUGUUCACACUGCAGAGACUAAUGUUUGGACAGACACUGUUGCAAAGGUAGGGAACUGGAGGAACAGAGAAAUCCUAAAGAGAUCUGGGCAUUAAGACAGUGGCUUCGCGUAUCUUUCACAGGUCUCCUAGACACUCCCCACGGGAAACUCAAGGAGGUGGUGAAUUUUUAAUCAGCAAUAUUGCCUGUGCUUCUCUUCUUUAUUGCACUAGGAAUUCUUUGCAUUCCUUACUUGCACUGUUACUCUUAAUUUUAAGACCCAACUUGCCAAAACUUUGGCUUCAUACUCCACUGGUCUGUCUUUGGAUAAUAGGAAUUCAAUUUGGCAAAACAAAAUCUAAUGUCAGACUUUGCUGCAUUUUACACAUGUGCUGAUGUUUACAAUGAUGCUGAACAUUAGGAAUUGUUUAUACUCAACCUUGCAAAUUAUUUAUUACUUGUGCACUUAGCAGUUUUUACAAAACUGCCAUGUGCAUAUGUUAAAGCUUAUUUUUAUGUGGUCUUAUGAUUUUAUUACCGAAAUGUUUUUAACACUAUACUCUGAAAUGGACAUUUUCUUUUGUUAUCAGUUAAAUUCACAUUUUAAGUGCUUCACAUUUGUAUGUGUGUAGACUGUAACUUUUUUUUCCGUUCAUAUGCAGAACGUAUUUAGCCAUUACCCAUGUGACACCACGGAAUAUAUUACUGAUUUAGAGGCAAAGAUUUCAGUAGAAUUUUAGUCCUGAACGCUGUGGGGAAAAUGCAUUUUCUUCGGAAUUAUCCAUUAUGUGCAUUUAAACUCUGCCAGAAAAAAAUAACUAUUUUGUUUUAAUCUACUUUUUGUAUUUAGUAGUUAUUUGUAUAAAUUAAAUAAAAUGUUUUCAAGUCAAAAAGUGAAUUUUUUCAAUGUAUAAAUAAAUCUGAUAUAAAGAAUUUUCUUAUGAGAAUUAUGAAAACACAAAAAACCUAAUUUGUAAAUUGAAUUUUUUUUUUCAGUUCUAGUUUGUAAGGAUGUUUUCCAGUUUGAAUUUCCUAUCAGAAAGUUUGAAUUUUAUUUCUUUUUUUGACUGUGAAUACCUUUUUUUGACUGUGAAUUCCUUUUUUCCCUUGAUUUUGAAGUAAGGGUAACUUUCUCAUGUGACCUCCCUUCCUCAUAGUGUUGGUGAAUUUAGUAAAAGGUGAGUGAAACGUGGUCUUAUACAUCUUCUUUGCUACUUGGGGGCAAGUCCAUUGUUAUUUUAUGCUCUCCUUGUCUUGAAAAGGUAGGGCUAAUAUAACUCAAUGAGAGUAGAGAGAUGAACAUCCUGAAAUGUUCAUCAGGUUAAGUUAAAUAGCAUUAAUGUCCUAUUUAACUUUUUGAAAACAUGUAAGGAAUGCCUAAUGGAAUUUGUAUUCAUAACUCUCUUUAGGUUUGCGGUUGGUAUUGAGUAUACUCGUCAUUAUGCUGCCAAUCUCUACCAUCAUCCACAGAUUUUGCAAAUGUGAAACUCUGUGGACAUGUGGUGUGACUCAACAAUGGAGCACUCAUCUAGCAUGUGUACGGCAUUGCUUUAAAAAAAUGAAAUUCUGGGGCCAGAGAAAUAGUAUAGCGGGUAAGGUGCAUACCUGCAUACAGCUGACCCAGGCCCGAUCACCAGCAUCUCAUACCAUCCCCUGAGCACUGCCAGGAGUGACUGAUUCCUGGGUGCUAAACUAGGAAUAACCCCUGAGCAUCUCUGGGUAUGGACCAAAAACCAAAAACCUAAGUAUUAUAUAUAAUUAAAAUCUCUCCAAUACACUUACCCCGCACUUGCUCUCAACCAAAUAUUCUCUUUCUUGUGUUUGGUUAUUCUCAAAUACCUGUGUGGAUAUAUCAUACAGUAUUUUUCCUUUUGUAACUAUCUUUUUCACUUGGCAUAAUGCUCCUCAAGAUUCAUUAUUAUUGUAGCACAUAUCAGAAGUUCCAUUAUUUGUAUAAUAACAC